UCCUUUCUGAUUUCUGUUUCUGGACAGUGCUAUCUAGGGUUUCUUAAAUUGGGUGACAAUAGAGAUAAAUAGGCGAACAAAAGCAUCACACCUGCUUCUCAUCUGCGAGCAAUUCUGUUUAUAUCCACCAUGCUGUCUAAUUAUAGUGAAAUAUUCGAUCGUGAUUUCUGAAAUUCAUACUUUGAGUAGGAUCCGAGGUUCUUUUUCCAUAGAUUCCAUUGUUCGUACACGAUUUGUUUUUUUUGCUUCGCUAUUUAGCUUCAAUCGACCGAGAUUUUGUUGAAAAUUGCGAUUUUUGUUGCUGGCACUGAGUUAUAUCUAGUUCGUUGUUUCGUUGAUUAAGAAGUGAUCAUCAGUGUAUCAAAAAAUCCGAUCGUCGAAGUUACAUGAUCAGAGGCUUUAUGUAGAUUACUUGACUUGGGAUGAAGUUUUAUUUCCCAAAAUAGAGUAUGGCUGCCGGCACCGGUUACUCGCCGUCAUAUGUAAUGGUAGAAGAUGGUUUCACUAAUGAUAUUAUCUCCGGCGAAGAGAAAUCGCAGAAUUCAGAGCAAUUAAAUGAACUGGAUAUCGGAAAACCUCCAAGGCAUCUUUCAUUAGUCCGUCAUAGCAUGAGCACAGCUACACUCCUGACACCUACAGAUCCGGACUUUAACUUUGGGAUUGUUGAUGGGAAAUCGGAAUAUAUGCCUAUGAUUCGAUCAGGAAGCUGUGCAGAGAAAGGGCCAAAGGAAUACAUGGAAGACGAACAUAUAUGUAUAGACAACCUUCUUCAACAUUUAGACAGAACAGAAGGUUUUCCUUCCCUCGGAGCUUUCUACGGGGUUUUCGAUGGUCAUGGUGGCACAGAUGCUGCAUCUUAUGUUAGAAAAAACAUAUUAAAAUUCAUAGUCGAAGAUCCCCAGUUCCCAGGUUGUUUAAAAAAAGCAAUAAGAAACGCAUACAUGAAAGCCGAUCAAGCAUUUGCAGAAAACAGCAGCGUCGACAUUUCUUCCGGAACCACUGCAUUAACCACCUUCAUAUUCGGAAGGAAGAUGGUGGUUGCAAACGCGGGCGAUUGUCGGGCAGUUUUAGGAAAAAGGGGCAGGGCAAUCGAGCUCUCAAACGACCACAAACCAAACAGUGUGACCGAAAGACACAGAAUUGAAAAACUGGGUGGUGUAAUAUACGACGGGUAUCUAAACGGGCAGCUAUCGGUUGCCCGGGCACUUGGGGAUUGGCAUAUGAAGUUCCCAAAAGGGUCAGGGUCAGGCUGCCCGUUGAGUUCAGAACCAGAGUUGCAAGAAGUUUUGUUGAUGGAAGAAGAUGAGUUUGUGAUCAUGGGGUGUGAUGGGUUAUGGGAUGUGAUGAGUAGUCAAUGCGCUGUAACAAUUGCUAGAAAAGAAUUGAUGAUUCAUAAUGAUCCUGAGAGGUGUUCUAAAGAGCUUGUGAGGGAAGCGCUUAAGAGAAACACGUGUGAUAAUUUAACGGUUAUUGUGGUCUGUUUCUCACCGGAUCCGCCCCCCUGGAUUGAGGUGCAACCGCAAGUGGGACAUAGGAGGAGUAUAUCUUCUGAAGGGAUUAAUUUUCUUAAGGGCGUUUUGGAUGGUAAUUCGUGAGAGAGAGAGGAUAUGUGUAAUUUGUGUUUAUAACCUUUUUUUUUUUUUUUUUUU